AUGAACCGGGAACAGCUGGACACCGCGCCAAUGGAGGCGCUACAGAAGGAGGCCAUAGCCGCAGGCAUCUCCUUCACGCCGGACCGAGCGGCGUUGAUCGAGGCAAUACUCUCCCACAGGGAGAGACACAGCUCCACCGCUAACGGAGGAGCGACGAGCCACGGAACAGAAGUCGAGGGAGAUGGUGCAAUAACGGAGCAGCUGCGCCAAUCGGUCGAGCUGCUGGCCGAGACAAUGAAACAGCAGCACCGCGACAUACUGCUCCAGCAGCAGCAAUUCAUGGCGCUCGUCCUGGAGCGCCUGAGCCCAGCAGAAGGGCCAGUGCAGAAUACUGGUGCGCCCAGCGGCGUGCGGUCCGUACUGCCGCCGGAGCGCGAGCAGUCGUCGUUCGGGUUCUCCACGGAGACCCCGAGAAGAGAAGAGGGCGAUCGCUUGGACCGUCUCCCCCGAGGCAACGUGGUCCAGUGCCUGGCGACACAAAUACCGGAGUUUGCCGGCUCCAGGGAAGAAAACGUCGCCACCUGGAUCAGACGCGUGGAUCACGUCGGGCGGAUCCACGGGGCCACGAACGGGGUCCUGCUGUUAGCAGCCUCCAGCCGGUUUAGAAGCGGAGUCAAGAAUUGGUACGACUCCGUGGAAGGAAAGGCGCUGGAGUCGUGGCACGCUCUGAAAAAUGAGCUGUCGCUCAUGUUUGAGAGUAACGAAUUUGCCUACAAGCAACUCCAAACAGUCCAAGGAAAGAAGUGGCAACACGCGAAAGAAUCAUUUCACGACUACGCCAUAGCCAAACUGGCCCCGAUGAACCGCCUCGACUUAUCCACCAAAGAGAAGAUUCACCUCCUCAUCGGGGGAAUCGGCAUCGGCUCAGUGAAGUCGGCAGCAUUGACCCUGCCUGACGACUCGGUGAGUCGAUUCUUAGUCAAGAUGCGCUGCCUGGCGGAGGGCGCGGUGGAAAUAGACAAGAAACCGAGCGCACCCGCCAGCGCUCAGAUCUCGAAAGAAAGACAUUGUCGGAAUUGUGGCAAGAAGGGCCACAGCCAUAAAGACUGCAGAGCCGAGCCCAGCUGCUUUUACUGCAAGGAGCGGGGGCAUCGGCAGUUCGACUGCCCAGUGCUGAAAAAGAAGACAUCGUCCAACCCGGCGCAGCCGAAGCACCGGGCAUUCACAGCGGCAGCGGUCGAGGAGGAGACGGAGGAAGACGACGUGGUCGCCGCCAUUAACGUGACGAGCGGCAAGCGGUUGGAGCUGAACGGGCCCUGCGCGACGGUCACGUCCGUCAACCAGCUAAGUUGCGAUCUACCGGCCCUGAUCGACACGGGUAGCCCGGUGUCGAUCAUGAGAUUCCAAAUUUACAAAGAAUUUUUGUUACCGGGAAAUGUGAAGCUUUUGCCCACCGGGAAACGGUUGCGUGGUAUUACCAAUGACCGCCUCACGGUCCUUGGGAAAACAAGCGCGCCGAUCACGCUAGAAACACUUGGGGACAAGAGCUUCAUCGUGGAUUUCUUUGUCGUCGAUAGCGCGUGUUUGCCUAGCGUGCUUCUCGGUCGUGACUUCGUCGCCGGAGAAAGCUUGUCAUUGAAAUACCGAACGGCGAAAACAGAUUCAGCAAACAUUAUAGCCGAACUUUGUCAAAUAGAGCCCGAGGUCACGACAGAGACGGCAGAGUCGAUCAUUCGCGAAACAAAUAUUGAUUACGGAGAGAAUGCGAAACGCGAACUAAUAAACACGAUCACGCGCGUGCAAAACGAAGAGGUCGAACCGGUCGAAGAUGACGCGGUGCGCGUCCCGAUGAAGGAUGACACGGUUUACGCGUACGCGCCGCGGCGUUUUGCCUACGCGGAACGCAUAGAGUUGCGAAAAAUUGUAGAGAACUUGCUCCAAAGGGGCAUUAUCCAGCCCAGUCGAUCGUCAUACUGCGCGCGAGUGAUUCCGAUCCGAAAGAAAAACGGUCUGCUCAGGCUAUGCGUAGACCUGAGGCCGUUGAGUAGCCGCAUUAAUAAGCAAAAAUAUCCGGUCAUUGAAGAUUGCUUGGCGCGACUAUUCGGGAAAACAGUUUUUACCUUGUUAGAUUUGAAAGACGGUUUCCACCAAAUUAGAGUCUGCGACGAGCACACGCAUUACUUUGCUUUCGCCACGCCGGAUGGCCAGUAUGAAUAUCGCUUUCUGCCGUUCGGAUAUUCCGAAGCGCCUGCGGAAUUCCAGAAGCGAAUUCUACACCUCUAA